AAAAAAGAAUUAAAAAAGAAAAUAUUAAUAAUAAUAAUAAUAAUAUAAAUAAGUACUGUGUUUAUGCAUUUGCUAAAAAGAACACCAUAAAUAGAGCUCAAUAGAACACGGAAAAGAGCACCGCACAAAAGUGAAAGAUUCCAAGCGCUCAAGCGGCAGACGAACCGCUUUUCACACAUACGAAUCCGUGUAACCGAAACCGAAGAGAAGUUUUCUUGCGGUUGGAAACGCGGUUACGGUUGAGCCCCUAAAAAGCCAAAAACUUCACUUGCCAACGCAAUCCAUUUUUCAGCUGUUGCCGCUGCUGUCUCAGUCUUACAAUUAAUUAACACCAUUUCGCCGUAUUUCUUCAUAGUUUUCUAGUUUACAAAUAGUGAAAUAUUUGUAAGUAGAAAAAAUAACUAGUUGCUCAUGAAAACCAAACGCUUUCCAGCAAAGUCGGGAUUCACGUGACAUGCACAUUUGGCUAUUCAAAAACAAACAAAUCAUGCAAAAGUCUUAACUAAAAACUGUGUUUUUGGCAAGAAACGAGAAAAACGUGCGCUGGCGCACAUUCCAUUACCACAAAUCACCCAAUAUGCGCCUCAAGUCAUUUAACCUAAAAACAGUCAAAUAAAGUGAAAAUUCCAAAUAAAUAGAAAUAAAUAAGUGAGAAAAAUAGAAAUUAAUAAAAACGCAUAUAAGUGAAAUUAGCCAAAAUAUUUAAUAAUAUAGCAAAUAAAGUAAAUAAAGUAAAUAAAGAAAAUUCAAAUAAUUCAAUUAAAAUUUAUGUAAAAUCAGUCUUGAAGUCACCAAACAUGUAUCGGUCGAAUUUCUACGAAUCCACCUGCCUGCGAUGCAAUGAAACAGUAUACCAAGUUGAUAGAGUGGGUCCACUUAAAGAUUUCACAUUCUUCCAUUCGGGUUGCUUCAAAUGCAUACACUGUGGAACAAAAUUAACCUUAAAAACAUAUUUCAACAAUCAACAUAAGCAGGAUGACAAAGAGGUCUAUUGCAGUUCACAUGUACCAAAGAGCGGACCAGGUCACCUAGAUCAAACAUCUGUGGGCAUAAGACAAGCCUUGAAUGCGCCGCGCACCAACAAAUAUGUUAACGAACAAAUCCGCGGUACACGCAGCGAAGUCGACGGUCCUUUGGGCUCACGUCAGUCUACGCCAAAUGGUUAUGGCAGCCGAGAAGUCAGUUCGCCUUCGCAGAAUGAUUCAGACUACAAAUAUGGUCGUUUCGAUGCCAGCGCCCUGCACAUUGCACAUGCACUCAAGCAAACUGAGAUACAAAAAGCGUAUAACAAAAUGCGUGAAAAACCAAUCGAUUUCUAUUUGGCAAGAGAGGAACAAGCACGUUUGGAGAUGAAACAUCGUAAAGAAGAAGACGAUUUAUAUAGAAAAUUUGCACGUAAACGCGAAGAGGAGGAUCGGAAAAUUCAAACUGAAUUCCAAGAUGAAUGGGAACGUGAACUACAACGUCUAACUCAUAAAUUUGAAAAAGAAUUGGCUACUUCAAGACGUAAUCGCGAUGAACAAAAUAUACUGACACUUCGUCAUGAACAACAAAAGGAGGAUUUGGAAAAAAAUAUGACAUUACGGCGUAGUAAAAAGAAGGAGAGUAUUACACGUAAAAUGCUCGAACAUGAACGUUAUGAGACUGCAGCUCUAGUCGAUCGCCAGUCAAGUGAAAUGUUGGAAUUAAUAAGUGCACGUCGAUCGGAGUACAUGCAAAAUGAAAGCAUAUUUCUUGAUGAUGAAUUCACUGAAGGCACAAUACCUCUAGAAUAUCCAAUGUUAGCACCAGAACCAGGACCACCAGCAGUUAGCAAAUUCCAAAUAUAUACGGAUCCUAUAGAGUUCGAAGAUGUCGAUCGCAUAGCCAUAUCCGUUGCGCAAGAAGAUCAGAAAACUUUUACUGACUUAGUGCGUAUGUUGGUGGGUCGUUGUACAACAGAUAUUGAAAAAGCACGCACCAUUUUCCGAUGGAUAACGGUCAAAAAUUUAAAUGCUAUGCACUUUGACGAUGAUUUACGUGGUGACACGCCUAUGGGUCUUUUAAGAGGAAUUAAAUAUGGCACAGAGAGUUAUCAUGUGCUAUUUAAACGUUUGUGCAGUUAUGCUGGUCUGCAUUGUGUGGUUAUCAAAGGUUAUUCUAAGAGUGCUGGCUAUCAACCUGGCGUCAAGUUUCAGGAUUCACGUUUUCGUAAUUCUUGGAAUGCAGUUUAUGUGGCAGGUGCUUGGCGUUUUGUGCAAUGUAACUGGGGUGCACGUCAUUUAGUUAAUGCCAAAGAAGCACCAAAAACAGGACGUGGCAAGAAUGACAGUCUAAGAUAUGAAUAUGAUGAUCAUUACUUUUUAACGGAUCCACGAGAGUUUAUUUAUGAAUUCUUUCCGUUACAAGAAGAAUGGCAACUACUUAAACGACCUAUUACAUUGCGAGAAUUCGAAAAUUUGCCAUUUGUACGGUCUCUAUUCUUUCGAUAUGGUUUGCAUUUUGCUGACGAAGGUUAUGGUGCAGUUGUUUUCACAGAUGAUACGGGGGCAGCUACUGUGCGUAUAGCCAUGCCUACCGAUAUGCAAAGCUGUCUAAUUUUCCAUUACAACCUAAAGUUCUAUGAUAGCGAUGAAGACUCCUAUGAUAGUGUUUCAUUAAAACGAUUUGUUAUGCAGUCAGUCGUGGGCAAUAUAGUUGCAUUUCGAGUACAUGCACCUUGCUCCGGCGCAUUUUUAUUGGAUAUUUUUGCAAAUGCUGUAACACCGCAAGAAUACUUAACUGGGGAGCCAAUGAAGUUUAAGUCUGUUUGUAAAUUUAAAAUUUGUUGUGAAGAGCUGCAGACAGUUAUGGUUCCAUUACCUGAUUGCGCUAGUGGUGAGUGGGGUCCAACAAAAGCUACAAGACUAUUUGGUUUAAUACCAAUAACCCAUCAGGAUCCACUCAUAUUUGCUGGACGAAGUCUAGAUUUACAAUUUCGCAUGUCACGUCCGUUGACUGAUUUUAUGGCUACGUUGCACAAAAACGGCAUUGAGGAGAAGAAAUUAUCCAAAUAUGUAACACAUAGCACACUCGAUGACAUUGUGACUUUUAUAAUUAAUUUUCCGGAGGAAGGCCAAUACGGUUUAGAUAUUUAUACACGUGAAUUAGGUGCGCCAACACACCAUAACAGCAAUUCAACAAGUGAAAAACAUCUACUGACCCAUUGUUGUAAAUAUUUGAUAAAUUCUUCGAAACGAAACUAAUUUCGAAUAAAUUAAAAAUUGUUAUUACUUUUAUAUUCCCAAAAUAAAUGUUAUGAAGUAAUUUUAGCCUAAUUAAGCAUAUUAAACAAAUGUAUGAAUUAAAAACAUAUGUAAU